CCCUCAGACAACAUCAUGAAGGUCGCCGCCGCCCUCUUGUGCCUCGCCACUGUCGCCUCCGCCAGGAUGGCCUACCAAGCCUCCGACGGAUACCUCGAGAUCCUCGGCGCAGAACCCGCACAGAACUUCGACUGCGCCGGCCGAGCCUACGGCUACUACGCCGACGUGGCCACCGACUGCCGGGUGUUCCACGUCUGCCUGCCCAUCUCUGACGACCUCGGGGAGAUCGUGGAGACCGCCCAGUUCUCCUUCUUCUGCGGGAACCAGACGAUGUUCAGCCAGGAGUCCCUCACCUGCGCCCACCCCCAGGAGGCCUUCCCCUGUGACCAGGCUGAGACCCUCUACGACCUCUCCAACGCUGACUUCGGCAAGAUCCCUGAAGAGAACUUGUAAGACGUCUGGACCCCGACCCCUACCAUGCUGUAUAAUACCCACUAGAGUUUAGUAAAGUUUUAUAUUAUCAAAAGCUGAA